CCACCCAGUCAGUCUCUCUCGCUACGUCGAACGCAGAACAGGCCGUUGUUUAAUUGUCGUAAUUCCUGAGACAUUUUUUAUCAUAAUAAUAAGAUCAAAAUUAGCGAGAUUUCUUCCCUUGAAAGAUUAAAGAUUUAAUUUAAUUGUGUUCAUCUUCUGUCGUGUAGGCUCUCUGUUUUCGUGACAGUGUGUCGUGGCAGGAGCAAUGUCAUCGUCGUCGCAUGUUUGACUGCGUGUCCCUAAAUCUUCGCUCUGCGGUUGCGUGAGUGAGUGACACAAAAGUUUUCAAAAUAGAUAAGUAACAAGCAAACAUGCCGGAAGUUGUUGGGUGGAAAGGUUCAACGGGGCCCAUGUUGUUGUCGACAUUAUUGUUUCUCCUCGUGGCUUUCGGAGUAUCAUGCAACGCCCAAGAAGAACGGUUUGAACAGGAUGCGCUCCCUAAGUUUAGCACCCUGUUGAAGGAGAAGAAUACAAAUUAUGUGGCGGGAGGAGAUGUCAACUUGUUGGCGAAAGGGUCGCCAGAAACAGAUGCGAUAAAAGCAGAACCAUCGGCCCCAGCAGCCGCUCAACUUUCCCUGUGGGAAGUGAUGAAGCAAAACUUUAAGCAAGGUCUGCAUCCCGUCGCUGCAUCCAAAAACAGCAUCUUCACCCCAACCAACACGGGCACAAUUAGCUCGAGCUGGGAUUGGGCGUCGAAAUUGAUUGCCAACAACACCACGCCGGACAGGUCCACCCGCGACGCCUCACUGGCCGCAUGGCACGGGACGAACCAUCUCGCCUGGGACACUGCAAAAUUAAUGAGCUCCGUAGGGAAAGGGCUCCUCUCGUCGUACUGGAAUCGAGCCGUAGUCGCACCCAACAAUGCCGCUUGGUCGUCCCAUCCACUCACCAACUUUAAGCUCGGUUUGGGUGAAGCAGUGUCUCAAAAGUUGAGAGAUCAUGCUCUCGCCAAUUUUAAGCUGCACGACAGCAAGGCCAUCUCCUUCAGAGAGAGUUUCUUUGGUGGGCGACAUAAACAUGGAUCUGGAUGGGGUGGUGGUCAGCAAGUUUUGGUCGUCCAGCCGGAAGCCUCUCUUUUGGAAAGGUGGAUUCGGGCCAAACUGUCCAUCACGAAACAUUUGCUCUUGGCCAAGUUGCGUCUGCACAAAACCGUGAUCACCUCCACCGUUCCAAGCUUGGUCAAACUUAAACUCAAUAUCAUCAAUAACUUGCUCAACUCGUUGUCUCAGAAGGACAUUUCACACUUCUUUCGAAGUCUGCGACUCUUGAGGCAGGCAAUUUGGAGAGGAAAGGUUAAUUUUUGGAGGGCCCUGAUCGCAGCUAAGCAGAUACCCGCAGAACCAGAGUUGCUCUAUGGAGUCCCGACACUAAAGAAGCCGGAAGUGCCAAGUCUACAGUAUGGCGUUGCAGUGACCCCUAGUCUACAAUAUGGUCAAAUUCGCACUCCAGAUCUGAGCUAUGGAUACGUAGCCCCCUCUCAAAGGAAGCCCGAGGUGCUCAACAACGUGCAGUAUGGUGCAAGUCCAAACCAACAGUACGGAAACACACCCAGUCCGAACUAUGGAGGAGCCAUUCCUCAAGAAACCUUCACCACGCUCCGCAACCCACUCUACGCAUUCCCCUCCUUCAACAAAGAUGAGGUCUCAUCAAACUAUGGCGAUUUCACGAAACACGAGCAAGUGUUCCCCACCCUGCCGCCCGUUGCCCUCCUCCGACCUCCGUCCCCAUUUUCUCAAACAGCUACCGACGAUGCGAUCGUUGUGUCGGGAAAAUUUCUCAGAGAUUUAAUGCGUCAAUCUUCGUUCACUACGCCAUCCAUUCCCCUCAAGGCUGACCCAUUGGAUUUGCACCGUCACAAACCACGCUCCAGUUUAGAGGACCAGAGCAGCAGCAUCAAGAUUGAUAACAAAUUUAGCUCACAAUUGCUCCAAUCUGGAUUUACGCGAUCCUAACGUGCUGAACAGAAGCGUAAACUGCGCCAUGAUCUUGACUUGGUCUGAUCGAUGACUGACUUGUUUUUCUUUUGGUUUUGGUUUCUCCUAUUUUUUGUCAAUCUUGUUUUUUUAUGUGGACCUGUUAAGUUUUUUUUAUACUUUUUUGUUGGGCGUUGACACUUACAAAUAUUUUUUGUAAGACGUGUCGGAGAGCUUUUUUUAUACAAAUGAUUAUUGUAAAUACUGUUAGGUUUUGUGCCAAAGCUUUGCAAAAAGUUGAGUAUUAUCGAGUAACAAAAUAAAAUGUGAUUGCUGUGCGUUAUAAAAAA